AGGAGGUGGGGAGGGCAGAGGCAGCAGCCGCGAGUGUGUGUGUGUGUGUGUGUGUGUGUGUGUGUGAGAGAGAGAGAUGGUAAGAGAGAAAAUGGGAGGCAGCAUCACCCAUCCAGACUGGGAGGAGGGGAGGACAUACAGCGUGAUCGUCCCUCUAAUAGACAGAGGUGGAAGGAAAGUGGGAAUGAGAGACAGACGUGAGGGGAGAAGAGGAGCACAAUGAAGGAGUGCCAUUGUCCAUCCUGGCAGCACUGCCAUUUCACCAUCUGCUGAAAGAGAGAGAGAGAGAGAGAGAGAGAGAGAGAGAGAUAAACAGAAGAGGGAAGAGAAGAGGAGGUAGCCAAACGGAGGAGAGGAUAGAUAGAGAGGAGCUGCCGGCAGUGACUUUGUGAAUUAAUCGAGCGGAAGAGCGGAUCAGAGGAGAAGCACGUUUUUCAGGGAGUGGACAGACUGAGAGCCAGAAAGAGGAAGGAGAGGACGAAUGACCGGACAGUCUGUGGCUGUUUAAACAGGAAUGUGGUUCUCAUGUGAAUAUGGAGCCCAGCUUUAGAUGAAUCACCAUGGAUUAUCAACUGUAUGCUUUUUAAACCAAAAAAGGAACUAUUUAUUGCCAUUCAUUAAAAAAAGAAAGAACUCUAAAUUGAUUAGACUCACUUUAUACAGAACAAUUUGAAUUACUUUUUUGUUUUUUGUAAAUAUAGACUCUCUUUGUGACUUCUAAUUUUCUAUUCUCUAUGAGCAUAGGAUCUACUCUGCAGGAUGUUAUACAAUCAUUAUCUUUGUUAGCUGCUGCACAGAAUAUUCAGGUUGUUUUUAUGCAAGUUUUCUAAACAUCAUUGUUGUCUUUUAGAAGUAAAUUAUUAGUGUAGUUGUUGUUAUUUAUACUGUUAUAAGGAAAGUGAUUAUUGUUCUUUUGAAAUGCUAUCAGACAUACAGUUUUACAUGCCCUAAUUGGAGUGCAUGCAGCUGACAUGGGAUGUCAACACUGAUUGGGUUUUAUGGCUGGCACGACGCCGGUCAAACUUUGAUCAUUUCCUGAAACCUACUGAUCUUUCUAAGAGUCUGUAGUUUUUCCUCCCGUUGGAUGAAAAGAAGCUCUAAUGUGGAGCCUUUGAUGGAGCAACUAAUUGCUCGUUGUGUGAUUUGACAAAGCAGUUAUCUCUUUGUCUGAAGAUUUCUGCAGUUGUCGGGACUUCUCAGUAUAUAUCCUCCGCAGGCAUCUAUUUUAAUGUCUGUUGCCAUAGCAACGGGCGGCAGCUGCAGACAGAACAAGAUGUAAAGUUCUUUUUUCUUGUCUUAUCUUUUUACACUGGUGCUGUUCCAUUAGGUAAUUGUAUAUAUUUAGUAGAUAAGAAGCAGUAGACUUGAUUAGUCCAUGGUUGUGUGCAGUUUUUAGACUUUCUUUCUUACAAUAUUUUUUUUCCCCUUACUAGACAGUCUUUGUCUGUGCGGAGCUCGGCAGUCUCCGAGAAUCAGGGUUGUUUCAGGUCACCUGUCUCCCCCUCCCCAUUCUGUGUGUUCGUGUUGCACGCGUCAGCUCAGCCCCAUUUUUCCUGAUCUCACCUUUAUCAAUGGCAACUACCAUCUUCAUCAGUCAAGCUGAUCUGCCAUUAUCAUUAAUGACUGGAUAAAUUUGAUUAUCGUAGUGGUUUCACUUGUGCAUAUCACUCUGUGCAGAUGCUUGGUCUCAAGGCCAAUAAUCACUGAUCAUUAGGUGUGCUAUGUUUGUGACAGUCGUUUUACUGUCUGUGUGUAGGUGACUCAGGAUUUAUCCUCAUGUAGAGGGUCAUCUCCUCUGCAGUCACCUGACCUACACUGUGCUCUGUGCACUAAAACAUCCUCGGGCAGCGUGAGGGUUAACUCUGCUCAUAGAGCAUUUCAGCACCCCUUUGUAUGAGAACACACCUGGAUUUUCCUCUCCAGUGUUAACAAGUCCAUUUAUAUUGGAUCUUUUGCCUUUUUUUUAAGUGCUAAUUCCCUCUCAAGACUAAUUUCUGGUUUUAUUAGGAGUGUGACAGACUGUUUUGUUUGUUCUGCAUGCUCUUUGAUUGUCCAAGUACCGGGUGUCUUUUGUGACUUUUCCAGCCAUACUUCUUUACAGCUUUCUGGAGAUUAUCCCAACCUGUCUGGCAGUGAGUGAGUGUGACUGGAUCCUCCAUGGUGCUUUUUGGCCAAGACCAGAUGGAUGACUAGCUAGAAUUGCUAGACAAUCCUUCUGUGGUGCUAGACUGGUGUAGGCGACUGUUCCUUUGCCAUGCAUCCAGCGCCCACUACAAGCUGGCCCGCUGUACUUCAGAUACAGUUAAGUUCUGAAAUGUUAGUGUGUGGAAAAAUCGACCUUUUCACUUGGCAUCACUGAAACAUUGGUGCCAAAUUUACAACGUUGUGUAAGUGGUCUAGGCAAGGUGUGUGUGUAAACCUUGCUCUCCUUUGAGGGAGUAAAGGUCAACAGAUUGUAAAUAUGACUAGUGCCUCAAUAGCACUGAGGUGUAGGCCAGCCAGCUUGCUGUAGGUGUAGCCUUGCCUCCUACUGAAGUCAAACUGCUGCAGACUGUUUGUGGCACAUUGGGACUCUGCGAGAGACUGUUAAUGUAAGCAGACUGUUGUUUGCCUUCUAGGUUGGUCUAUGCAGAAUAUGACAUGCUUUGUGGUGUCUGCAUAGUAGUUUGUAGUAGAACUGAGAGCUAACCUGCUGCUUGAUAAGCCCUGCCUUAGAUAAGUAAGGUAGCGGUUCCAGAACAUAACACUUGGCUUGUUCAUAUCAUAUGGGGCUGUGUCAACGCUCUUCUCUCAGGUAACUGACUAUAAUCUGGGCUUGUUAUUUGAACCAGGCAGUAAUAAAGUAACAGGGUGAGAAGAAAGGUGCAUAGAGAGAUAAACAUAAUAACAGAGUGCGGUUUUAAUUGAGCAUUUUAAGCUGGGUGAACGAGUUCACGUUCAACUCUGAUGAGCCUCCAGCACCAUUCAGGGAACCCUGGGUUGGGAGUUCAAACAGGACCAUUCAGGUCUCAUUACCAUCACAACAAGCCCACCGGUAGUCGUCAUCAGCCAAUGACCUACAUUCUCCAGUGUUACAUCACCAUCGUGCUACUGCAGUGUGUGUCACUGUACCAGACACAAACAUCUCAGAAUCAAACUACCAAUAUCUAAUGGUGCUCCAGAAAAAAAAAAACAUCCUAACCGAGGUGGCCAGUUUAGGGAACACACUUGAACCAAAGGCAGCCUCACUUGUUUUAGCCAUAUCAGGAACUUCAGUCAGGAAUGGGCCGAACUCUGCCGGCCCAGUCUUAAGUACUAACUUUUUUUCUUUCUGUUUUCUACUGGUGUCUAUAUAGGUGACCAUGCCUAUCCUCUAACCAUCCCUAAUCUUAAAGUUAGAGAGGCAGGAAGACAGGGCUCACCAUUAAUAUAUUAGACAGAGGGACUGUUAAACAGGACAGCCUGGAGAACGGGCGAGCAGACGAGGGAGGGGGUGAGGGGGAGCGAGAGAUCAUCUGGAAGAGGAGAGAGGAAGUGGUGGCGCGGGAGAGGGCGGAGGCGUUGGAGAGACAGAGAUUGGCAGAGUACAUCGUGUGGAGGAAGAGAGAGGGUUUCCAGGAGAAAAGAGGAGACAGAGAGAAGGGAGAAAAGAGUGCAGAGAAAGGGAACAAGGCUGUGCCAGAAGUAAUCUGGAAGAGAAGAGAAGAAGAAGAAGGAGACGCAGGGAGUGAGAGAGCGAGGGCCAUUCAGAGAGGACAUGAAACCAUUUGGAGGAAGAGGGAGAGGGAGUAAAACAGGAAUCCUAUGAAAGAUUUCAGAAUACGAUGCACUUGAAAAGUAGGUGUUAAAGAAAGCGUGCCGUGUUGGAUACUAGCCAUACAUCAGUAAGCCUCCUCUCUCUUCUUUAGCAGUUCUGGGCUUCAUUGAGCUCUGCAGGUGCUUGCUGUAGUAUCGACCAAUUGGAGCGGUGUAGUGUGUGUGUGUGUGUGUUGCUGCCGUGUUAGUGCGCGCAGCCCCUUUUGCGAUCCCCUCGUUGGCUGCUAAUAGGAUUUUUAUGGGCCCGUGUCAAGCAGGAUAGAGCUGCCAAGUGGAGCUGCUUCACACAUGCAUGUGCGCAUGCCAACACACACACACACAGAUAAUCUAAGAAGCAUUGUGGGCAGGGAAGGCUUAUACUGCCUCACACGCAUAUAAACACAUCACGUACAAGUGCUCGCCCCUCAGUGCACACAUGACACACAUGAGAGGGGGCGUUGAGAGACAAUCACUUGUGUUGAUUCUCCAUGGUGCUGGCGACAGCUGGAUAGCUGGCCUUCUCUGAGAGGUUAUUAAGCUGGGACAAGAUACUCACAGAUAUUGUUUUACAUUAUGGCAAAAACACCAAGAUGAACACUUUGUGGAAAGCUAAGACCAUGUCAUCAUCAGUCUCUGGGAACGCAAUGAACAUUGAUGCAGAUUUAAAAGUGAACUGAUGACAACAUGAUCUGCACUGGUGCACUGAAAACAAACUUUUUUCAUCUGCAUUCUACCAUUAACUGGGACACCCCACUUCCUCUGCGCCUUUUCUCAUUCUGCUUUCAUUGUGGGUGAAGCCGUUUUUAAAGCAGUUUGGUUUUCGGCUGCCUGGUAAUGAGUGGAGGACAGACAACCAGACAGAUGGAUGCAGCUCUUACGCUGAGGGAGACAGACAGAUGGCUGUGUGUCCCUUUAGAGAGAAACUUUAAAUACUGAGACAAAGAGACUUUGAUUGAAUCACUAGAACCUGUGUGGACUCGCGCAGAUAUAAAAACUGACACUUCAGCCUCAUUAUGGAGCUUGUCCCAAAAACCAAGUACACCCACUUUCGGAGUGAAUCGCUGAGCUCAACUGAUGAAACAAACUCCAAUCCAUCAUCGUUCCCUCCUUCCAGUCCUGCCACCCCGCUCACUCCCGCUCCUGGUUUACCUUCUUCUCUCUCCUCCUCAUCUCUCACUCCCAUCUUGCCCCCCUCUUCUCCCCGCCCGUCUGAGAACAGCCCCACCACCCUCUGCUCCUUCUUCCCCAGGAUGGGAUCCCUUCGUCUGGGUGUCUCUGCCACUCUUCUCCCAGGACUCAAAGCCUCAAGCAGGCCGCAGCAGCCUCAGGCGCCUGUAGAGUCCUCUGGGGACGACAGGAGCAGCUCUAGCUCCUCCCCUCCACUUCAUCACCCACUCCCCCCACUAAUCGCUCCCUCUCCCCCUCCCCGACCUCCUCUGCAGGACAUGAACCGGCUGGGAGGGGCGUCCAGGAGGGCACGGGUGGAAGGAGGGCAGCUGGGAGGAGAUGAGUGGACGCGCCAUGGCUCCUUUGUCAACAAGCCCACCCGUGGCUGGCUGCACUCCGACAGUGUGGUCAGCACCUGCGGUGUUUCCUACACUGUACGGUACAUGGGUUGCGUGGAGGUGCUACAGUCUAUGCGAGCGCUGGACUUCAACACCAGAACUCAGGUCACCAGGGAAGCUAUCUCUGUGGUGUGCGAGGCAGUGCCCGGAGCCAAAGGAGCCCAGCGCAGGAGAAAGCCUUCCUCUCGCUGUCUGUCAUCCAUCCUGGGGAAGAGUAACCUGCAGUUUGCUGGCAUGACAAUCAGCCUCACCAUCUCCACCAGCAGCCUCAAUCUGCUGGCCUCCGACUGCAAACAGAUAAUCGCCAAUCAUCACAUGCAGUCCAUCUCCUUCGCCUCUGGAGGAGACCCAGAUACGGCUGAGUACGUAGCAUAUGUGGCCAAAGACCCAGUCAACCAGAGAGCAUGUCAUAUCCUGGAAUGUUCAGAGGGUUUAGCCCAGGAAGUCAUCAGCACCAUCGGCCAGGCCUUUGAACUGCGUUUUAAACAGUACCUAAAGAACCCCCCCAAACUGGUCACACCUCAUGACAGAAUGGCUCCGUUUGACGGCUCUGCAUGGGAGGAAGAAGAUGAUGAGUCUGCACCACCUCCUGAUGUCCCUUACUAUAAUAAUUUCCCUGGAAAACAGCCUCCUCCUGGUGGACUGAUAGACAUGAGGACCCGCCCAGGUGCCACGCUGCCUUAUGGACUGAAUGACAUUCACAAGCAGCCUCUGCCACCUCUACCAGUGGGUGCUAAAGAAGGGGGGCGAGAGCUGUUUGAUGACCCUUCAUAUGUCAAUGUGGAUAAACCCCGCCCCCAAAUUGCAGCCAAUGGAAAUGCUCACAGAGAUGCUUUUGACAUGAAACCAUUUGAUGAUGCCCUGGGGGUCUCUGGGCACAGUGGCCCAAGCUCAGUGACAACAGCGCCCCCUCUGGUGCAGCAGUUGCAGUGUGAGGCCUGGUUUCAUGGUAGCUUAAGUCGCAGGGAAGCAGAGAGGCUGCUGACACGCGAUGGAGACUUCCUGGUGCGAGAGUCUGGGACCACGCCCGGACAGUACGUCCUCACGGGACAGCAGGGGGGUCAGCCCAAACACCUGCUACUAGUCGACCCAGAAGGAGUGGUCCGUACAAAAGACCAUCGGUUUGAAAGUGUUAGUCACCUGAUCAGUUACCACAUGGACAACAGACUCCCUAUUGUAUCAGCUGGUAGCGAAGUGUGUCUGCAACAGCCAGUAGAGCGCAGGGCCUGACGUUACACACCAAUGAAAUACUCCACCAAAUAUACUCGCACUCCUGGAGCAAUUCAACACAAGACAAACACACCUUCAAAUGCUAUAAUACACACAUCAACACUACACUUAAAACACACACACACACACACAAGAAUACAUAUGCACAAACCAUAGCAAAGAAAGCCAAAAAUAUCACCAGUUUCUCUCCAAAAUCACUCACUUGCUGCUGUUGCUACAUAUUCUUGUCCUUUCUGAAAGCCAAACUGACCCACAGUCCUCGACUUCACCAACUAUCAGGCGCAUCCCUCCACAAUGGAGAAGCACUGCUGCAAUUUCUCAACAGCCUACUGUGAACCAGGGAGGAGCCUUUUGUUAAUUUCAGAAUGGGGCAGAAAACAAAUGCAAUUUCUUAUGCGAUUAUGAAAAAAAAAAAAAAAACACUUUCCUAAUACAUGGAAUCGUGUACAAAAAUAAUGUGGAACUGAAAAGUGAAGAAAGGAGCAUAAAUGGGACAUCGAAUGAGAUUUUCUGUGCUUUUAAGCAUGUGUUAUUUUCAGUCAGGGAAAUUAUUUCCCUCCUCAGACUGUUGCUGAAGCAUUUAAGGCAAAAGAUAAACUGGAUGGCAGUGGUUCUUUGUUUCAGAGACAGAACCAGGCUCGAACAUAAACUCUCCCUUCAAGUGUCACUGGAGCACUUCAGCAGCAAACCUGACUUUGUAAUAAUUCUGCCUGGUGAAUAUGCAUAAAUGAGUUUGCUUCCAAUCUAAUCAGGAGGGCCACCCUACCCCCCAACCACUCCCCUUUUAAGGACCUUUGAACCUGGAGUGAUACCUGGUGAUGAGAAAAGCCUGUAUGCAAAACUGGGGACUGCUAUGCCAAUGUUUUUUUUUUGUUUGUUUGUUUUUUUUUGUUUCCGUCUGUUAUCUUGGGACUCAUUACUUAUUGGAGUUCAGGAGGAUCUAAAAAGCUAUAUCUCCCUAAUCCCUCUGUACACACAGAUACACACACACACCUUUACACCACACACGGUCUGCACCACCUGUCAUGCCAAAGAACAUGAACUUGGUCGCUAACGGCAGAGAAAGCCAUGACAGUUAUCAACAGUUAAAAUGGGCCUGUUUUAGAGGGGAGAAGAAUCUAGGUGAUUGUGCCUGAAUACAUCAUCAAAAAGGAGAUUUCUAAAGUAAACUGUGCGUUGAUGUCACCCACAAACAAUAACUAGUACAUUUUGAGAAGCAUAGACCAGAUCAUUUUGACUUGUUGCUUUUUAUUGACUCAUUAUGUGUCUGCAUUGACAAUCUAUGGGUUCUAUCUUUACAUAGUAUUCUGACUGAAAGCAAAGGAGAGUAGUUAAAGGAGGCCAGUGAGAAAUGUUGAACAGUCUAAGCAAUGACUUUCCCUCUGCAAAAAUGAUGCACAGUAUGUCGUAGGAACUGGUUAUGUAAUUUUUGUGUAUUGUGAUGUUGCUUUAUUUUUUAAUCACUUGAGGGAAUAAUGUCCUUUUUAAAAAAAAAAAAAAAAAGAAACUUAUCAAAUGUAACGUAUCAAAUGAAAUGGUUUGGGGAUAACUGAACAUAAGGACAUAAAUGUUUUUUGGAGCAUUGCUAACGAUGAAAUAUUAAGCCAAAUGUUUCUCCUCUGUGUGCUCUGCGGGGAGACUUUCACGCUAUUGUUUCUCCUCUUCCUCCUCCCUCAGUUCAUGAUGUGCUUUUUUUAUGUCUUUUUAAUCGUGCCUUGUUUCUUCAAUGCAGUCACGUCACUUCAAUGCAGUCACCUUAUGUACUUAAUUCAAAUGUAGUUGACUACAGGAGAAUACACAAGCCUCUCAGUUAAACAAAGACACUGCAAAAAUGACACUCCAAUAAACACACAUAAACAGAUCCAGUGAUGGCAAUUUCCUCUGAUGCACAUUCUUGCAUUCAGCUUAUAGUCACAGAUACUUGAUGUCACCAUUGGGGGGAUAUUUCUUGACCAUCUGUAAAUAACAAAAAUUUUUGACUGGUCAGCUUAGUUUAGGAUUACUGUUUUCAUAGUUGUAUGUUUAAUGACUUAUUUGAUAAGAAACAGAGCCAGACACCACAGCACUGAGGUAGCUCUUCUUAAAGCCAGUUGAAUUUAUGGUUGAGAUUGAGGCUGAACUCUUGAAAUAUGAGAAGGGAUCUUUCAACCUAAACCUUAACUGUCAACUAGAACUCAGACCCUGAAGUGGGCUCACGUGUAAUCUAACAUGCACACAAAGACACAUACCGCAGUGACAGCUGGGUCAGUCAGACACUCACACUCUGCCUGUUCAGGUGUUUGUAGGUCAGCGAUAGGAAAAACAGAGCUUUAAGUUCUGCCAAUACUGUGCAUGUGUGUCCUGAAACAGACCCAACUGCCCCUCUGCAUCAUUAGUGAACCGGUCCCGUGUUAUCAUCGCUCAUCACAGAUGCCUUUGUUGCAUGAAAAUGUUCCUUUAAAAAACAAAAACAAUUCUUGUUUGUUGUUGUUGGUGGUGAUAGUGUUGAUGAUGCUGUUGUACUUUUGUGUUUUUGAAAGCCAAAGGUUACUUUCAUAUAGCGUGCACAAAUAUUGAUUUUUACUUUGUAUGUUUCUGUUUUAAUACUUUUUUGUUUUUAAGGAAACAUGUUGGUUUACAUCUGUAUCUGAAAAUAUAGAUUGCAUAUAUAAAUACAUAUAUCAUUCA